CCUAAAAUAAGACUUUGCACUGUGAUAAUGUGACUUUGCACUGUGGUAAUGUGUCAGUGUACAUGUGCACAUUACUAUACUUUUUUGGUAAUGUAUAUGACCAUAUUUGGUAAUGUAAGUCCUAUUUCGAGAAUAAAAACAUGAAAAUCUUAUUGUAUUGGGUAUGAAUUUUAGGCAUCACGGGUGUUGGUUCUCUAUUCCAAAAUGGGCAAUUUCUGGUCCAUCCAUCCAUCCUGCAUUUGACACACACACACACACACACUCAGACUCGGUGUGAGUAUUUUCUUUGUCCAAUUUACUCACUCAUGCCAAUCUCUUACACUCCAUUUGUAUUCUUUGUCCUCUUCCUCUCCUCCCCAUCUCAGGCCAAUCGGAAACCGAAUUCCGGCACACGGCAGCCGCCCCCGCCGCGGCAGUUCUCCGUCGACUUCUACGCCGAAUCAUGCCCUCACCUGGAUCGGAUCGUCGCCUCCGUCACCACCAAGCAGUACAAACAAGCGCCGGCGGUUGGACCCGCCACCAUUCGCCUCUUCUUCCACGACUGCUUUGUCCAGGGGUGUGACGCAUCAAUAUUGAUAUCAAUUAAGGAAAUGGCAGAGAGAGAUGCAGAGGAAAACAAGGACCUUUCACAAUAUGCUUUUGAUGCCAUAUCUGAGGUCAAAUCGGCGGUGAAAACCAACUGCCCGGCCGCCGCCUUGUCCUGCGCCGACAUCCUCGCCAUUGCCGCCAGAGAUUUUGUUCACCUUGUAGGAGGGCCAUACUACCAAGUGAAGAAAGGAAGGCAGGAUGGAAAUACAUCCAUGGCUUCAAGGGUUGAACCAAACCUUCCGAGAGCCAACUCCACGCUCGACCAGCUUCUCAAACUCUUUGGUUCGAAAGGGCUGUCGCUGAAGGACUUGGUUGUCCUCUCGGGGGCUCACUCCAUCGGUUUCGCGCAUUGCAAGCAAUUUGUAAGCAGACUUUAUAACUACUCCAUAAAGGGCACUAAUAACCAAACACACCGUUCAUCGACAACGAUAAUGGACCCUAGGCUUCUUAAAGCCCUAAGAAUGUCUUGCCCGAAAUUCGGGGGGAAUGCCAAUGUUCUGAUCCCAUUCGAUGUCGAAACCCCUUUCGUGCUCGACAACGCUUACUACGGGAACUUGGAGGCCAAGAUGGGGUUGCUGGCUUCGGAUCAGGCGUUGUUUUUGGAUAGGAGGAGUAGGCCUUUGGUCCAAAUGCUGGCCAAGGAUAAGAAGAAGUUCCAUGACAAGUUUGCUUUGGCUAUGGAGAAAAUGGGAUCUAUUGGUGUGGAGAGGGGGAGAAUACAUGGGGUUGGAAGAAAAGAUUGUGCCACCCCAACGUCUUGAGAAUUUCUUUAUGUUUACCCCUUUGAUUCAUUCUCAUGUAUUUGUUUUUUGAAUAUAUAUUUUUCACCCUCUCAUCGAAAUAUUUUAGAAAAAAUUAUUCAAAAUAAUCUCAACUUUAUUUUGUGUUUCAAAAAUAAUCCUAUUUUUUACUGUGAUGCAUAAUAAUUCAAAUUUACUGAAAUUUGUGAGUUUUGGGUCACAAACUAAUGGUGGGUUAAUGGAAUGGCCUGUUUUGCGCAACAAAAUAAAAGUUGAGAUUAUUU